GCAAAGGGGGCAGGCAAGAGUUUGUGGCUGUUGUGUCCGAAUACAAUGGAGAGGAUGGCAGUCGCGGCCAGCUAAGCGAGUGUGACAGGUGCCGGGAACACAGGGGAGCCAGCCAGCGCCAGUGGCUCUGACCAACCGCCUGUCUCACAUGCGGGCUGGUCCCAGCACGACGGUUCCUUCCUUUAUCUGUCAAUCCUGAUGCAACAACCGAACCGGUAGAGCUGUCAGGUCGCCAGAAAAGGUCAUUGGCUGCAAUCUACCAUUACUGCAGGACUUGCCUGUGUCCAGGACAAAGAAGUGGGUACAGUGGAAAAACUUGCAGCAUCACAGACUAUGUUCAGAAACACACAGAAUAUAAAUAAGUGAUGACAGUGCAAACAAGUUCGCAGUCUGAGACAAGUCCAUGGUAGUACAAGAAGUGGUCUGUCGUAUUCUGCUACACAGUGACCAGAUCUGAUGCAGCAUCUGAUGUGGAAGGUCUCAUCAUGGAGAGUCAUGAUGGAGAUCCUGUUGCCAACCUUCUUGAGCUUUUCACUUGUCACCAUCUGGUUGCCAGUGGUUGCACAGAAUGGACUCACCAGUGCUCUGAACAUCGGGACUUCUGCAUUUGAGCCUCCAGCUGACAACCUGGAUGGAACGGACAAGGAAGGAAAUAUGAGAUUAGACACAGAGCGGGGAACUUUGACCUGGGCGGUGCACUUAACACUUGGAAAUGAUUCUGGUAGAAGUGAAGCGCUGUCACUCGAUCAGCUUGCAGACGAGCUUGCAGAGUUUAUGGGCCUUGAGAACAGGGGGCAGAUUGGGGAACUGGCUGGCCACUACCUUUUUGCUCUCCCAUCACAUCAACGUAACCAUGGUGACCUGGAGGAGGAGACUGAGAGGAUCAGGAAAUCCAUUGAUGCCUUGCUUGCCCAACAUGACAGUGUGAGGUGGCAUUCUGAGCAAAAGCUGCUGAAACGUUCCAAGCGGAGCCUGCACUUCAGUGACCCAAAGUACCCAUUCCAGUGGCACUUGCACAAUCGGAGAAAGCGUGGGAUGGACAUCAACGUCACUGGGGUGUGGGAGCGCAAUGUCACUGGUGAAGGUGUGACAGUGGUGGUGGUCGAUGAUGGUGUUGAAUACACCAUAGAGGACAUACAGGCCAAUUAUUCUCCUGAAGGAAGCUAUGACCUGAAUUCGAACGAUGAGGAUCCCAUGCCUCACCCUGAUGAACAUGGUGAUAAUCACCACGGUACUCGAUGCGCCGGUGAGAUUGCUGCUGCCCCAAACAACUUCUGUGCAGUUGGUGUGGCUUUUGGAAGCCGUAUUGCAGGUAUCCGUGUGCUGGAUGGACCCUUGACCGACAGCAUUGAGGCAAUGGCUUUCAACAAGCACUUUCAGAUCAAUGACAUUUAUAGCUGCAGCUGGGGUCCGGAUGACGAUGGGAAGACUGUGGAUGGUCCACACCCACUUGGGAAGGCUGCAUUACAGCAUGGUGUCAUGGCAGGCCGCCACGGCUUUGGAAGUAUUUUCGUGGUGGCCAGUGGCAAUGGAGGGCAGUAUGAGGACAACUGUAACUACGAUGGUUACGCAAACUCCAUCUACACCGUUACCAUCGGGGCAGUGAAUGAAGAAGGCCAUAUGCCAUUCUACGCUGAGGAGUGUGCUGCCAUGCUGGCAGUCACCUUCAGCAGUGGUGACAAGAUGAUGCGAAGCAUUGUGACCACCGACUGGGACAUGCAGGAGGGCACUGGCUGCACAGAUGGACACACUGGGACUUCCGCUGCUGCCCCACUGGCAGCGGGAAUGAUUGCAUUAAUGCUCCAGGUUCGCCCAUGUCUCACGUGGCGGGAUGUCCAGCACAUCAUUGUCUUCACUGCUACACGGUUUGACCUCGUCGCUGGAUGGGAAGUAAAUGAAGCUGGAUUCAGCCACAGUCACCGGCAUGGAUUUGGACUGCUUAAUGCCUGGCGCAUGGUUAAUGUAGCAAAGAUCUGGGAGUCAGUGCCAUUCCUCAGCUCUUACGCCAGUCCUGUUGAGAAAGAGGAAAAACUCAUCCCCCUCCACCCUCACAAGCUGGAGAUCACGUGGAAUGUAACUGUUGAUGACUUGCACUUGUCGGGCAUGAAGACUCUGGAACACGUGGCCGUGACCGUGACCAUAUCACACCCAGCUCGUGGUGCCCUGGAGCUGACACUGUACUGCCCCAGUGGGAUGUCAUCACUUAUUGGAGCGAAACGCCUGAUGGACAGAGAUAAUUCUGGCCUCACUGACUGGAUGUAUUCCACGGUGCGAUGCUGGGGUGAGAGGGCACAAGGCAUCUACAAGUUGGUCAUUCGUGAUUUGGACACCAACCCUCAGCGAAAGGAUGGAUUCCUCAAUCAAUGGCAGCUCACACUGUAUGGUUCUUCCUGGUCAUUUGAAGACGUCAAGCAACGCCAGAGGGUGGUUGAAGAAGCUAUGAGUGGAAAAUUCCUGAACGACAGCUUUUCAUUGCCUUGUCCCCCUGGACUGGAGAUCUCAGAUCAGGAAUGGAAUUAUAUGUCUCCCAACACACUCAAGAUGCUGUUACUCCUGGGUUGUUUUACCAUUUUCUGGUCCAUAUAUUACACCCUAGAGGUUAUUUUCUACCCCAGGAAAGACUUCAAGUUCAGCCUGCAGUAUAACUCUAACCGGGGACCUUAUCGAAUCCUGCAUGGAGUGGAGGCAGAUAAGUAUGAGUCUGAGUUAAUCCCACUGCAAAGUGUGAACUGCACUGACAAUGGACAACAGCAGAUAACAGACAACGAGGAAGACAGUCUGGUUAAAAUGGAGGAAGUGAAUCCUAAUUACAGCAUGCAAAAUGUCGCCUUAACUGUAACUGACACUGGGCUAGCUGAAGAACGGUCAGGCCCAAACAAUCAAGAUGAUCACAAGGACAGUGAGAACACGACCCUGCUUUGCCCCUUUGACAAUGAAACAGCUAACCAGCCAGUGAAUCUACUGUGAUCAUACGUGAAAAUAAGGCAGCUUCAAUUAACUUUUAGAUCCGCAAUGGCUGCCGGAAUUCAACCAACAUGGACCAACAAAUUGGACAUGGAUAUUAACUGUCUGCUUGCCAAGUGGAUCAGGCCUAUCAUUAUAGAAGAGUCAACACAGUAUCGCUAACUCUUUCAUUUCAUUUUUUUACCCCUCUUGCUUGCAUUCCCCUAUACUCUUUCCCAUAUGACUUCUUCUUCAUUCUCUAUUCCACCUCUCUACACCUUACCUACACCUCAUGCUUUACUUCCCACUCUUUCUCAGUCUUUCCUCUUCCUUCCAUCUCUCCCACCUCUCUCUGCCUUUCCUCAUCCAUCCAUCUCUCCCACCUCCUUCUCUGCCAUUUCAGUGCAAGUCUCUGCAAGAGAUUGUGCUACAGUAGGUCAUGAAAUUUUAUUUUUUAAGAAGUCUGCCUUCAUUCUAACUGUGAUUAUCAGUUGGAAAGUUUCUGUUUGUCACUGGACUUGUUAUACAUGACGUUGCAUUCAUCCUUCUACAUCCUGAAAUGAUAAAUUGAUGUGAGAUGGAACCUGCCCAUGCAGAUACAGCCUCCUGAUCAUGAUUGACAUUUUGGGUUAUGUAAUAAUUUACUUUGCUGACCUCCUAGUCAAAAUGGAAGUCGCGUUUCAAAUUACUGAUCACUUGAAUUCAAGCUUUUACAUGAGUGAAAUGCAGUCCGAAAUAUCAUGAUUUGUGCAUGUACUUGAGAUUAAUUUUAGUGGUACAUUCAUGCCAAUCUGAGAAUGAAGUCUAUUACACAUACUUGGUAUAAAAUGGCUUUUAUCAUUGUAAUCCCUCAGAGAACAGUGAGUGAUCACAUUGUACAUACACAAAUCCUUUUGGUUUUGUCUUUUAUUUCAAGCAAAGACCAAUUCCUUAAGCCCAUUUCCCCUACUGGGCCAUAGGCUACUGGCUUCAGCUUGAGAGUUCUCUGACCUGGGCCCCUCUUUCCUUCCUUUCCCAGGAAUGAGGCCUUUCAGCUUCUAUUGUUGUUUCUGUAGCUCUGUGUUUUUAUGGGAUGGGAUUGCUAGCCCCAUGCCCAACUUUCCUCCUUUUGUAGCCGGACCUGGGACUGUCCGUGGCAGAGUUAAAUGAUAAAUUAGCUGAGACAUAUUUUAAGUAAUGACACAGUGCAAUAAGUUCUGGGAGACACUUGGUUAUUUUACUAAUAUGGUACAAGUCAUCUCUCUGUAUAACCUCAGCAAGACGACCAAUACUAGACAGUACAAUUACAGUGAAAAUUGUCCAAGUACCUCAAAUUAGUAGUUAGAUAUGAUGGUAAAUCUGCAAUUCACUUUAGCAAGGUGAUACUUGAAAAGUCAAUAUUUCCGGUGCUUUCUUAAACAUGUAAUUUGGAGCUUCCAUAACCUUCCCCAUUUCAGAAAUGGAUUCUGUUCAUUAGCAGUGAUUCAGGCAGUGGUUAUACAGAUGAUCAUCACUGGUUAAACUGGAUUAGUCUACAUUAAUAAAUGGGGAUAAAAGGGAAGAGUGCACAAACCCAUGAGUGAGUCUGAGAUAUUGUCAUCUUUUGCUGAAAGUUCUUUGGUCCUGUCAUGACCAGCAUUUUAUCUUAUGCUAAAACAGUAAAUGUUCCCUCUAUGAAAGAGCAUCAUUGUCUAACACAGUGUCUUCUGGGAUUUCUAGUCUAGAUUUAAGGUGAUUAAACCCCAGCAAACGUCAAGGAAAUAUCUACCUUUAUGUUGUUGCAGGGGUUUGACAUGUCCUUCAUUCAGUAGUGCAGCAAAGAAGUUAAUCCAAGAAACUGCUACAAUAAAGGGUGGAGAGAGCCUGGGAGAGUUUUCAGUCCAUUUUUCUCAUUGUACAAAUCUCUAACAAAAUCUUACAGAAUUCCUGUGGAGUUUGGAGUCUGACAGGGGAGGCUAUUAUUGGCUUAUCUUACUUCCAUAUAUUAUGGAAUCAUUGUUCAAAGAUGAGAAACUUUCUACAAUUUCUGAGUAUUGUGAUUUUUUUUUUUUGCUUACUCAUCUCCAUGUUCUUGACAUAGAGGGCUAAUCAAAUUAGGUUUAUUUCUUUGUGGUAUAUGAGUGAAAGCUGGUAAUAUCAAAUAUUCCAAGAUUUCCAUAACAGCUGGCUCUCAUGAGAGAAGCAGGCAUCUCAGUCUGUGUUACAGAGCCUAGAGUUUUCUCUAAAUCACUAACGUCUUGAAGAGUGGAAUCAUUGUUGUGUCACUCAGGGUUGCUGUUUGAAUUUUUGUGAAAUUAAUUGUGUAAUUAAUUACAACAUAUGGAUCAGUCAAACUGCUGCCUCUUGGUUUGCAGAACCAGAUAUCCAAUGGUGACGGGUUUUUAUUUUAGGGGUAUAAAUGUUAAAUUGUUUAAAGUUGUGCAAUCAGUUUAUUGACAUGAGUGAAUGUAAGUCACUGGUCAUCAUGAUUUAAUUGUCUCGAGGAAUGCACUGAUCAAUGUUUUCAUGUCACUGCCCACAGGUUUGGCAGAAUUGUUAUCCCUUUGAUUCUUAACAUAAUAAAAUAUUAUAUCGAAGAAAUUGUGUCAAUCCAGUGCGCUACCCAGAGGAAGCUGAACCAGCAGAAGCGGGAGCUUGUUGAAGAGAGGGACGUUAGAAUGGUCUUUGGUGCAUAGAACACUACAGCACUGUACAGGCCCUUUGGCCCACAAUGUUGUGCAGACCUUUUAACCUACUCUAAGAUCAAUCAACCCGUUCCCUCCUAUAUAGCCUUCCAUUUUUCUAUCAUCCAUGUGCCUAUCAAAGAUAUUUACCAAAAUAGUGUCCAUUGCAUAAGGCUGUAACUUGUAUGUAAUUUUUAUUUUAUUUUAUUUUAUCAACUUCUCGCUAGACAAAUAUGUAAAUAUUUCAAAAUGACUUCCUGUGGUUGAAAUCUGACCUGGCACUCUGACAUACAAAUGACACUACUGUUGUGUGCAUUUCUCCAAGCCGUUGUUAGGCAGUAAAAUCAAGAGGAUAUUUUUAGAUGUCUGACUCCAUAGUAAGGCUGGACAAAUAUGAUGAGAGUUAUUCCUCAGAAUGAAAUUCUCUUGUACUGAUCUGGAGUUAUAGCUCAGGAUCCUUCCCGAAUGCAUUUGCAUUGAUCAAUCUUUGCUCAGGAUGGGAGAGGCUGUGAUCUCCCUACCCAGCUGAAUUCCACCACAAUGAAAAAUGUUGGGUGGACCCACAACAACAUUUUUGAAAAUUAUUAUUCAGUGGAGGAAUGGAUAGAGCAGUUUCAUGGGCUGCCAGUCAAGUACUGGUGUAUUUAAAAUUAAAAGUUCAAAGUACAUAUGUGUCACCACAUGCAACCUUGAAAUUUGUUUUCUUACAGGCAUUCACAGUAAACACAAAGAAACACAAUGUAAAUGAUGAAAAGCCACUUACAAGAUGGACAAACAAGCAAUGUGCAAAAAACAACAGUCUGUGCAAAUACAAAAGAGAAUAAUAAUAAUAAUAAAUGAGUAAGCAAUAAAUAUGGAGAACAUGAGAUAAAGUGUCCUUGAAAGUGAGUCUGUAGGUUGUGGGAACAGUUCAGUGUUGGGUUGAGUGAAGUUAUCCCCUUUGGUUCAGGAGCCUGAUGAUUGAGGGGUAAUAAAUGUUCCUGAACCUGGUGGUGGGAAUCCUAUUGUUCCUGUACCUUCUUCCUGAUGGCAGCAGUGAGAGGAGAGCAUGGCCUAGGUGGUGGGGGUCCCUGAUAAUGGACGCUGAUUUGCUGUAGCAGCGCUCCAUGUGUAAGUGUUCAGUGGUGGGUGAUCACCACACAUCACAUGUCCUUCCCCAAGGUCCUGGGUAAUUUAUGGUGGGAAGUAAAUUUGUAAUCAGAUGGCACUUAUAUCACAUGUCUGAUCUGAAUCCUCAGUGAGAACGGUCUGAGGCUGUCUUUGCCUUUGCCAUAUUCGAGCCUUUACUUGGGGCUCAAUAUUUCCUCCUCUUCCAAAGCUGCUCAGAGGUCACUGGUCUCAGUUUAGUUUAAGCAGAAUGGGCUAGAGUUUGGUUCAAAGAAAAUCAGAGCCAGUUACUAUUCUGGGGGCGGUUAUCAGCUCUGGGACAUAGUCACAGGCUAGACUCAGCGUCAGUCUGAGUCCUCUCCACGUUGCCUGGCUAAACUUGUCUGACAUUCUCCCCUUCAACUCCAUUCACUUAUUCCAGCUCCACAAGAAGUCCAGGUCAAUGAUGUGGCUAUUUCCAUGUGUAGCUUGCCACUUCAUCUGGGAUGCACAGAACGGUCUUGGGUUCUAUUCUAUUCUUGUGCAGUUCCACAACUCUUUAACAGUUAAGUGUUGUUGCAUUUGAUUUUUUUUCUCAUAUGCUGCCAGUGUCCUCCACAUGGAAAAUCUAUAACUUGCCCUUUUUGGAUCUUUCCAUGUCCAUCUCAAGUGAUGGCUAGCUAUCAACACUGGUUGAUAGGCUCCUACAGCCAUCUUGACUGUACUUUCUCCCAUCCUACCUCCAUUUCAUUCCCUCAAUUCCUCCACCUUCAUUGUGUGAACUUCAAUCCACACUGGACCCUCUGAAAGACAUUCAAAUUUCAAAGUACAUUUAUCUAAGUAUGUAUACGUUAUACAACCUUGAUAUUCGUUUCCUUACAGGAAGCCACAGUACGGGCAGCAUGGCCGCAUAGUGGUUAGCACAACGCUUUAUAUUGCCAGUGACCUGGGUUCAAUUCCCAUUGCUGUCUGUAAGGAGUUUGUACAUUCUUCCUGUGAUGGCAUGGGUUUCUUCUGGGUACUGCAGUUUCCACCCACAGUCCAAAGACUGUGAAUGGGGUUGAGUGAGAUCCAGGAUCAGCCAUGAUGAAAUAGAGCAGAGUUGAUGGGCUGAAUGGCCUAAUUCUGCUCCUAUGUCUUAUGGUCUUACAGUCUUAAAGACAUUCCAGUUAGUAGGUUAAUUGGUCAUUGUAAAUUGUCCCGUGAUUAGGAUAAGAUUAAAUUGGGGGACUGCUGGGCAGUGCGGCUCGAAGGGCUGUAAGGCCUUUUUCUGUGCUGUAUGUCAAUAAAUAAAUAAAACAGCAAAGAAACCCAAAAAACCCAAUGUGCAGAGAGAGAGAAAAAAACACACAUCAUGCAAACACUAAAAUAGCUUUGGAACAAAAGAGAGUCCAAAGACAUGAAGCCCAGAGCAGGUCAGAGGCUCAGCUUCAGGUCAGCACAGAAAUGGGUAAACGUUGCAGAGCUGCGAGCAGAAUUGGCCCAACUUUUGCCUCUGGUCCCAACACCUUGCCUUUUUAAUCCAUCUGGCCUAGUGUUUAAAUCAUCCAAACAUUGUGUCAUUCCUUGCUCUAGGACCGGGGCUCUGUCACAUCGAUACUUUCUGGGCCUGGACCCUGCUGCCAUGUUUUGGCCUGCACCUGACCUUUCCAAACUGGCCUGAUGCUUCAAUCAAUCAAACCUUGUUCUUGGUUUAGAUGGAUGGGCCUUGAAUCUGCCUCUCCUCUGUUCUGCUGUCCCCAAUUUUGCCUCAAAUAUGCCUCAACUUCGUCUUGCACAUGUACGCUUUGACCCUCGCCUCAGCUUUGCAUUACAUGCUUCAACCCUUGGCUCAGCCUUGCCUUCGCCUGUCUCUCAUUGUUUGUGGUGAUUGCUUACCAUAAUUUUUUACAGAAAAGGUGUUAUUAAUAAAGUAUGCAGUUGCAAUCUUAGUUUUGUUUGCUGCUAGUAAGUAGUUGCUGGGAUUCACCAGUGCCACCUUAAACCGGAACUCUGAUUUCCCUGGACAGACCACCUCUACCCUCACCUCCUCUUCUCCCAGAUAAGUUCCCCGAGCAUCACCUUUCAUCCCACCAGUCCUGCCUUUAACAGGUCAUCCUUUCUGUCACUUCCAGUAAGGUUCUGCCACAAGGCAACCCUUCCCCUCCCCGCCUUUGAAUAUUUGGCAAACAUUGCUCCCUUGAUAACUCCCUGGUCUGCUUUUAGCUUGGCAACUGGAGGCAGAGGGUUGCUUUUCUCAUCGGAGGUCCUAGACCAGUGAUUUUGGGACCCUGAUAGUUGUGACAUACAUUAAUGACUUGGAUGUGAAUGCAGGAGAUAAGUUUAGUAAGUCUGCAGAUAACACAAACACUUGAACUUGAUAAGACCAUAAGUCAUAGGAGUAGAAUUAGGCCAUUUGGCCCAUUGAGUCUGCUCCACCAUUCCAUCAUGACUGAUUUAUUAUUCCUAUCAACCCCAUUCUCCUGCCUUCUCCCCAUAACCUUUGAUGCCCUGACUAUUCUCCCUUGUAGAAAGUGAAGAGGAUUGUCUUCAGCUACUGUAUGAUAUAUAUCACCUAGAAAGUUGGGCAGAUUGAUAGCGGAUGGAAUUUCAUCCUGACAACUGUGAAAUAAUACAUUUUGGAAGGUUACUUAAUUACUGAUUACAGAUAUAAUCAAUAAAUGUCAGGGCCCUAGGAAAUGUUGAUGAACAGAGGAACCUUGGCAUACAAGUCCAAAGACACCCAACACUUGCAGGAUAGGUCAGGUAGUGAAGAAGGGCAAUGGGAUCCCUGCUUUCAGCAGCCAUAGCAUAGAAAGAAGAGUAGAGAUGUCAUACUACAAUUUUAUAAAGCCAUUGUUCAGGCCACAUCUGUAGUAUCGUACAAAGUUUUUGUCAUCACACCAUAGGAAGGUGAUUGUGCUGGAAAGGGUACAGAUGAAAUUUGCCAGGAUAUUGCAAAUUGAAAACACAAGAGAUUCUGCAGAUGCUGCAAAUCCAGAGCAACACACACAAGAUGCUGGAGGAACUCAGCAGGUCAGAUAGCAUCUAUUGUUAUCAUCAUUCCUUUCCGCGCAUCGGGCAGCAGCCUUGCCAUUUCUUUAGCAAUUUUGUCUGUAUUUAAUGAGGCCAAGUUGCUAGCUCGACUCUCAACCCAGCAUGGAUGGAAAGCAUGCCAGGAGCCAGCCAGAGUUGAACCCGGGAUUACUCACCUCGAAGUCUGGCGUGGAUUCCACUACACCACCAGCCAACCAGGCAGUAUCUAUGGAGGGAAAUAAACAGUUGAUGCUUUGUCCCUCCAGCAUUCUGGAUUUGUUUCACCAGGGUGUUAGAGCAUUUUCUUUGUAAAACAAGAUUGGAUUGGCUGGGUUUAUUUUCCCUGGAGGACAUGAGGCUAAAGGGUGACUUUAUAGAGGUAUCCAAAAUCAGUAAGGGAAUAGAUGAGUAGUUAUUAAGAACCUUUUCACCAUGAUCUAAACAAGAAGCCGAAAAUGAGAGAUAGGACUUGAGAGGAUGAUUUUCACACAGAGAGGGGUUAGAAUCUGGACCAGGUAGAGGCCAACACUCUCACGUUUAAGAAGCAUUUAGACAAGACUUGAAUUACUAAGGCAGUGAUGGCUCAUGGAUGCAACCAACAUAUUUCACUGUAUGUUUUGAUGUAUAUGUGACCAAUCAAGCUAAUCCCUCUUUAAUCUCUGCCUUGCAUCCUUAGGAGAUGCAGCACCUCACCUUUCACCUAUCCCCUUCCCACUGUCUAGGGAUUCAAGCAGUGAAUCACUUGCAUUUCUUCCUAUCUAGGGACCUGCAUUCAUUAUUCACAAUGUGGUCUCCUCCACAUUGGGAGAAGCCAAAGGCAGAUGGGUGAUCGUGUCAAAGCGUGCUUGUAUUUCAUCCAUGGGACAACCCCAAGCUCCUGUUUGUUUGCCAUGUUGAUUUGCAGUCCCACUUCCAUUCUGGCCUCUCCAGAGCUUGUUACAUUGAAACCUAAUUCAAGAUGAAGAUUAAAGUAGGAAUUGAGCCUCCAAUCACUGGUAGAUAGGGAACCAACUACUAUUCUAUCAACUGGCAUUUGAUGCAGAGACAAGUUUUUAUGUAAUGAAAAUUAGCAGGUUAACAGUGAUUCUCUUUGUUAUCAGGAUGAGAGGGAGAAAAAGUAGUUAAAUUCUGUGCUGGGUUUUUGUUUUCAAAAAGAUGUUUUGGUAAAAAAAAUAAGCUAUGGUCCAGGUGCAAGUUAAAGAGAAUAGACAGGUUAAUGGUCCAGCAUGGACUAGAUGGGCCAAAGGGUCUGUUUCUGUGCAUUUAUAUCUAAUUUAACAUGCUGUAACUUGAUUCUCUUGUAUAUAGCGAUGAAUUAUGAGUUAUGAGUUAUGACUUGUCUUUGCUUGCACUAGGAGAUGUCACAAGAUGUUAUGGUUAAAAAAAAUAUUUUGAAUACUGAGCUUCAGAGAGAAGGAAAGCUUUUGUUCAGUGAAGUUACCACAAAAUUGUAUGGUACUAACCAUGAUACUGUGAUCGAAACUAAAGGCAAUAAAGUUUAUUCAUACAAAAUUAAUUCUGUGUGUCUGAUUUUUAUACAAUACUAGAAGUAGCAGUUUACAAUAAAAAUGUGAAAUAUAUCCCACACUAAGACUCCUAAGUCACUUUGCAUCUCUGAUUUCACUACUUGUUUAGAAAAUAGUCUAUGCCUUAACUUUUUCUACCAAAGUGCAUAACCAUACACUUCCAAGUUCAAGGUGAAAUUUAUUGUCAUCUGACUAUACAUAUAUAUAUACACAUACACACAACCAAAUGAAACAAUGUUCCAGACAAUAUAUUCUAUCUGCCACAUCUUUGUUUAUUCUAUUAAUCUGUACAAGUCCUUCUGCAGACUCCUUCAUAAACACAACCUGCCCCUCCACCUAUCUUUUUAUCAUUGGCAAACUUGGACACAAAACCAUCAUUUCCAUCAUCCAAGUCAUAGACAUAUAAUGUGAAAAGAAGUCCAAAAUCAAACCCCUGUGGAACGCCACUAGUCACUGGCAUUCAACCAGAAAAGACGCCCUUUAUUCCUACUUGCUGCCUCCUGUCAAUCAGUCAAUCUGCUUUAUCCGUGCUAGUAUCUUUGCUGUAACAGCAUGGGCUCUUAUAUUGUUAAGCAGCCUCUUGUCAAAGCACCUUGUCAAAGGCCUUCUGAAAAUCCAAGUACACAACAUCCACCAAUUCUCCUUUGUCUAUCCUGCUUGUUAUUUCUUCAAAGAGUUCCAACAGAUCUGUCAGGCAAGAUUUUCCCUUGAGGAAACCAGCCUAUUUUAUCACGUUCCUCCAAGUACUCUGAAACCACAUCUUUAAUAAUCGACUCCAACAUCUUCCCAACUAUUGAUGUCAGGCUAGCUGGCCUUUAAGUUCCUUUCUUCUGCCUCCCACCCUUCUUGUAGAGUAGAGUGACAUUUGCAAUCUUACACUCCUCCAGAAUGAUGCUAGAAUCAAUUGAUUCUUGAAAGAUCAUUACUCAUGCCUCCACAAUCUCUUCAGCCAUCUCUCUCAGAAAUUCUGGCAUACUGCUGGUGUUGACCACAGUGAACACUGAUCCAAGACACUUAUUCACUUCACCCAUUUCUUUGUCCCCCAUUACUACCUCUCCAGAGUCAUUUUCCAGCAGUCUGAUAUCCAUGCUAGUCUCUCUUUUACUCUGAAAAAGAUAUGAAAAUAUAUAAAGAUAUAUUAAAAAUAUCUGAAAAAGACUUUGGUAUCCUCUUUAAUAUUAUUGGCUAGUUUACCUUCAUAUUUCAUCUUCUCUCUCCUUGUUGCUUUUUUAGUUGUCGUCUGUUGGUUUUUAACAGCUUCCCAAUCCUCUAAUUUCCCAAUAAUUUUUGCUCUAUCAUAUGUCCGCGCUUUUGUUUUUAUACCAUCUUUGACUUCCCUUGUCAGCCACAGUUGCCUCACCCUCCCUUUAGAACACUUCUUCAUCUUUGGGAUGUAUCUAUCCUGCACCUCCUGAAUUUCCCCCAGAAAAUCUAGCCAUUGUUGCUCCACCAUCAUCCCUGCAAGUGUCCCCCUACAAUCAAUUUUGGCCAGUUCAUCUCUCAUGCCUCUGUAAUUAUCUUUACUCCAUUGUAAUACUGAUACAUCUGAAUUUAUCUUCUUCCUCUCAAACUGCAGUGUGAAUUCUGUCAUAUUAUGAACACUGACUCUUAAGGUUUCCUUUACCUUAGCCUCCCUAAACAAAUCUGUUUCAUUUUACAACACCCAAUCCAGAAUUGCCUUUUCUCUAGUGGGCUUAACCAUGAGCUGCUCCAAAAAGCCAUCUUGUUGGCAUUCUAUAAAUUCCUUCUCUUGGAAUCCAGCACCAACCUGAUUUCCCAGUCUUGCAAAUGCUAUUUUCCAAAGCCUGAUCUCACAACAAAUUUACUGGGAUACAAUGUAUCAAGUUUCCAUUUGGAUACUUUAUCUAGGAGUGCUUGCUGCUCACUAUCAAUGUUCAAGUAGAUUCCCUGAACUUCCCUGUUUACUAUUUCAGUUUUGAUUACAAUAAUUUACUUGAAAUGUACAUUCAGUGGAACCUGAUGUGUCUUCUGCUGCUGUAGCCCAUCCACUUCAAGGUUCCACGUGUUGUACAUUCAGAGAUGCUUUUCUGGACACCACUGUUGUAACGUGUGGUUAUUUGAGUUACUGUCACCUCCCUAUCAGUUUGAACCAGUCUGGCCAUUCUCCUCUGACCUCUCUCAUUAACAAGGUGUUUUCACCCACAGAACUGCCGCUCACUGGAUGUUUUUUGUUUGUUUAUCGCUCCAUUCUCUGUAAAUUCUAGAGUCUGGUGUGUGUGAAAAUCACAGGAGAUCAGCAGUUUCAGGGAUACUCAAACCACCUAGUCUGUCACCAACAAUCAUUCCACGGUCAAAGUCACUUAGAUCACAAUUCUUCCCCAUUCUGAUGUUCGGUCUGAACAACAACUGAACCUCUUGACCAUGUCUGCAUGCUUUUAUGCAUUGAGUUGCAGAUAUUUGUAUUAAUGAGGUGUACAAAUGUACCUAAUAAAGUGGCCACUGAGUGCUUUUGUACAAGAAAACACAUCAUAACACAGUUAAAUGCAAGAUUAGUUUGUCACAUGUACAUCAAAACAUACAGUGAAAUGUGUCAUUUGCAUCAUCGAUGUGGUGGGGACAGCCAGCAAGUGUCACCACCCUUCUAGCGCCAACAUAACCUGCCCACAACUCACUAACACUAACCUGUAUGACUUUGGAACAUGGGAAAAAACUGCAGUACCCAUGUGGUCACAAAGAGAACAUACAAACUCCUAACAGUGACAGGAAUUGAACCUGGGUCGCUGGCGCCAUAAUAGUGUUACACUAACCGCUACACUACUGUGUCAUCCCAUGGUAACAGCUAAACAUGGUAAUAGAUAUUCACACCUUAAUGCCAGACAGAAGUGGGAAAGGAUCUCAAUACGAUUGGGUACCUUCACUUACUGCAAAAGGGAUGCUGGGAUUCACUCAGUACCUCCAGUGACAUGGAAUAUGAAACACAAAUGAUGCAAACACCCAUAUUUCUUAUGUAUGUUUCAAUUCCUUUCUUCCUUGCUGAGCUCCCUGGAGGUAUGUGUGUUUUAACUUCUGGAAAGUUACAGGAAAAUAACCAAACCCAUUGGCACAGAGCAACCCUUUCACGAUGGCAUGAAAGUCAGAGCAGCAUAAUAUUUUUUAGAAAGUGUUUUAGAUAAUGUAUGAUUAUGAAGAGUUGUGGAUUAUUUAACACUAACAUAGAAAAAGUAAGUUAAUAAGACCAAAGAAACCAUUUUAUUGCUCAUCUAAUUCUCUUAUACAGCACACAUAAAAUGCUGGAGGAACUUAGCAUCUAUGGAGGGGAAUAGCAAUUUAUGUUUAAGACUGAGACUCUUCAUCAUGAAAGGUCUCAGCCCAAAAUGUCAGCUGUUUAUUAUCUUCCAGAGAUGCUACCUGACCUGCUGAGUUCCUCCAGCAUUUUGUGCUUGUUGUUCUGGAUUUCCAACAACUGCAGAAUCUCAUGUUUAGAUUCCCUGAUCAUUACUUUAAGUAUUCUAGCUGUGCUGCAGUCUGUAGGAUACACAGGCUGUGAAAGGUAGAGUAGAGGGUGUGCUAUUUAAACCUAUAUGGUGUGUUGGCCUUCAUUAGUCAGGGGAUUGAGUUAAGAGUUGUGGCUAAUGUCACAGCUCUCAAAAACCCUGGUUAGACUGCACUUGGAAUAUUGUGUUCAGUUCUGGUCACCUUCUUUAUAGGAAAGACGUGGAAGCUUCAGAGAGGGUGCAGAGGAGAUUUACCAGGAUAUUGCCUGGACUAGAGAACAUGUCUUACAAGAAUAGGUUGAGUGAGUUAGAGCUUUUCUUUUUGAAGUGAAGGAGGAUGAGAGGCGACUUGAUAGAGGUGUCCAAGAUAUGAAGCAUAGACAGAGUGAACAGCAAUAAUGGCGAAUAACAGAGGGCAUAAUUUUAAAAUGAUUGUAAGUACUGGGGUGGGGGGGGGGGGGGGGAUGUCAGAGCUAGCUUUUUUCCCCAAACCACAGUGGGUUCUAAGUAUACGGAACACAUUCUUGAGGGUGAUGGUAGAGGCAGAUAUAUUAGGGACAUUUAAGAGACUCUUAGAUAGCCCCCGCAUUUUAUUUCAUCCAUGUGCCCAUGUGGAAGGGAAGAAUUAGAUGGAUCUUGGAGUAGGUUAAAAGGUUGGCAUAGCAUCACAGACUGAAGGACCUGUACUGCUCUAUGUUUGCCCAGGACUGAUGGCAAAAUUAUUUCCAACACCCCCCACUCCACCCCAAUCAGUAAUUUUUGUCUACAGCCAAUCCAUAGCACAACUCUCCAUCUUAGGUUUUUAUUCAAGUUGGUACUGUUUCAAAUGACAAGAAAAAAAUAAUGUACAAAAUAUAGGGCCAAUGAAUUAUAAAAGCAAAAAAAUGUACAACAUUGAAACAAAAGUUAUUUUUCAAUAGGGGCACUUGCACAAUGUGAUUUUAGAAAUUUUGUUCCUUCCCACAAGAUAACCUGCUAUUGAUAACUCCACAACUUCAACCUUUUUAUGACUUCUGGACCGGGAUAGUUGUAACACUGGCAUGCAGAACACUAAAACAAGUGAUUAUUUUGGUCAAACUUGUGCAAGUCACUUUUAACAUGCACUUACAAUGUAGGAUGCAGCAUUGGAAACCAGAUUUACCUGAAAGUAUGGAAGUCUCCCAUUGAAUCAGUCAUGUUGUACGUGACAAGCUGCAACAUUUGAAAUAAUCUGCCCAAUGCAAGAUAAACCAAGCACCAAGAGACUUUCCCCAUUGCUAAAAAGUAACUGGAAUUAUGAUAAUUAAGGUGUUUCCUUUGAAUUCCUUUGGCCAUUUAACAAAACAUUUUAAUGAUCAACAUGCUAAUUAUUCCAAAGGUGAAUUUCAAUAAGAAAAAAAAAGACAAUUUUAUUCAUUUCAACCUCUCUUCAUACAUUUUUAAUACAUAAAAAGGCCAUCUCUUUACCAACUAGACAGAGUGAUAAGAUUUCAAAUGAAGCAACAGAAAGCAGAAUGGUUAAGCCAUACAACCAAUAAGCUUUGACAGCAUGCUGUAAUACAUCUGUACAAUUCCACAUCAGGGUUGAAGCGAAAGUUAGCAAAGUGACAGCAGUCCUUGCAGCCAUCAGUAAUUUUUAAUGAAUAAAUGCGUGAUGGAAAGGUCCAUGUACUAGAGCAAAUGUAACAUAUAUAUGUCCACAUUACAGCCCAUAUCAGGGGGAGGGGCAAUAAAUGUCGCAAGACUUUAAAAGGACAAAAGACACCUUUUUAAACUGCCAAAUAAUAAAUACAACCUGCCUAAAUCACACCAUUUACUUUGUUGAAGGUUUUAGUGUUUUGGGCUGUUUGGACUUCUAUUCACUUUGAAAUGGUAGAAUCUUGCUUUACAAAGAGUUCAAUUAAUAGAUUUUUUAGCUGAUAAUCUGCCU